AUGUCCUUUUUAUUUAUGCUUAAUCAGCUAUCUCUUCAAUAUAUACGAGACGUCGUCUACUUGAUUUUAUGCCUUUGCUACCCAUUUUUUAUUUGCAUGAAACUAGAAAUGCAUAAGCUCAAAAAAAUUGCAUUUGGGAUCUGGAUAUUGUUAAUAAUGUCCGCUUGCAUUUAUGACAUUGCUUUUUUGGAAAGGAAUGAAAGAAGUUUAUAA